GCCGGCGCUACGGGUAAGUCGCUCGACGACCUGAUCCUCGGUAUAAACCGCUUUACAACCGAUUACCCCGGCGAGGUUAUCGUAUCAACAACCGCUACCCUCCGAACCUCUCCGAGAACCCAACCUUCGAUAAGCGCCCUAUCAAGGAGUUUAUAGACGCCAACGACGGUAAGGGCAGCGUCCUUAUCUUCACCGACGGCCGACUCCGCGACAUCCCCGAUCAACGCCCUUAGUCCGGCAUCUACUACCUCUCCACCUACUUGUCGCGCGACGACUACUUGGCCAAUGAGCUCCCCACCGACAUCAACGCCGACAAGCAACUCGCCCGGCUGCACUCCCACACCCCCGACAACAACAGCACGGGCACCUACUUCCUCAUGCAGUGGCAGGUGACGCCCAGCGCGUUCGACGUCUCGCUGCUUCCGACUAUAAUCCAACUCAUCGCUAAACAGGAGACCAACCCGGCGCUGUACCACUACGGCGUCAACAAGCUCACGCCCGAGCACUUUUCGACCGUGAUCCUGCACGAUGCCGUUGGGCUGUUCCACGUUAGCGACCUGGGCUUUGAAAAAUACAACCCUAUGAUGCAGCCGCUGGUCAUUAGGCUGAACCUGUAUAUGGUCAACCAGAACUGCAAGGUCAGCAGCGUCAAGCACCUGCUGCGGCAGGGGCUGCGGCGAGGGGUUGACGCGCUGGCUAGCGUCUUUUCGCUGGCUUCCUUUCCGACGACCAAGACUCUUAGGAGCGGAUUCUGGACCUUUAGCGGCGUCAUUUUUGUCAAUGGCACUGUUCUGGACCUGGCGCCUCUAGGGUUCUGCCGGACGUGCACGUUCUAACAAUACCGUGGCGGUUGGCCAUCCCGUGGUGAAUGGGACGGCUUGGGCGAGGAGGUGGAGACGGGAAGCGCUGUCGGAGCCAGUGGCUGUGUAGUAAGUUUUGUCUUCGGGAACUGAAUGCCCCUAGGGUCGGUGGAUUAGAUUGCAGGUCAGGAGCUGGACACGCGAAGC